AGCAAAUUAUUGUGAAGAAAGUGCCACAAAAUCAAACGCUUAAAGUUCAUUGUUCAUAAUAUUAAUAUAUGCUUUUUUUAAGUGAUAGAUUCAUUCACGUUGCCAUAUCCAAUCCUCUAAAAAUUUAACUUAUUCAGAUGGCUAGCAGCAGCAACUCAUCUUCAGCUCUUGUGACUUCAUCAAGAAGAAAUUAUUAUGAUGUAUUUGUCACCUUCAGAGGUGAAGAUACUCGGAACAAUUUCACGGAUUUUCUUUUUGAUGCCCUUCAAACAAAAGGCAUUAUUGUAUUUUCGGAUGACACUAAUCUUCCAAAAGGUGAAUCCAUUGGACCCGAGCUCCUUCGAGCAAUCGAAGGAUCUCAGGUUUUUGUUGCGGUCUUUUCAAUAAACUAUGCUUCCUCAACAUGGUGUUUACAAGAAUUAGAAAAGAUAUGUGAAUGCGUUAAGGGAUCAGGAAAACAUGUUCUUCCAGUUUUCUAUGAUGUUGAUCCCUCUGAGGUGAGAAAGCAAAGUGGGAUUUAUGGUGAAGCCUUUAUGAAACAUGAACAAAGAUUCCAACAAGAACAUCAGAAGGUGUCAAAAUGGAGGGACGCUCUAAAACAAGUGGGGAGUAUCUCUGGUUGGGAUCUACGUGAUAAGCCGCAAGCUGGAGAGAUUAAAAAGAUUGUUCAAAAGAUAAUGAGUACAUUGGAAUGCAAAUCUUCAUGUGUUUCAAAAGACUUAGUUGCGAUAGAUUCUCGUUUAGAAGCAUUACAAAAUCAUUUCCUUUUGGACAUGGUUGAUGGUGUUCGUGCUAUAGGAAUUUGGGGGAUGGGAGGAAUAGGGAAGACAACCCUUGCUAUGAAUUUAUAUGGCCAAAUCUGUCAUCGAUUUGAUGCAUCCUGUUUCAUUGAUGAUGUAAGCAAAAUUUUUAGAUUACAUGAUGGUCCAAUCGAUGCACAAAAGCAAAUCCUACAUCAAACUCUUGGCAUAGAACACCAUCAAAUAUGCAAUCAUUAUAGUGCAACUGAUUUGAUAAGAAAUAGGCUAAGUCGUGAAAAGACCCUUCUAAUUCUUGAUAAUGUGGAUCAAGUUGAACAAUUGGAAAGAAUAGGUGUGCAUCGUGAAUGGUUAGGUGCAGGUAGUAGAAUCGUUAUCAUUUCAAGAGAUGAGCAUAUAUUGAAAGAGUAUGGAGUGGAUGUAGUUUACAAAGUCCCACUUCUGAAUUGGGCCGAAGCUCACAAGUUAUUUUGUAGAAAAGCUUUCAAAGCUGAGAAAAUUAUUAUGAGUAAUUAUAAAAAUUUGGCAAAUGAGAUAUUGAGAUAUGCUAAUGGUCUACCACUAGCAAUUAAAGUAUUGGGUUCAUAUUUGUUUGGUCGUAAUGUGACUGAAUGGAAGAGUACAUUGGCUAGUUUGAGAGAAAGUCCAGAUAAUGAUGUCAUGGAUGUGUUGCAAUUAAGUUUUGAUGGGCUAAAGGAAAUGGAAAAAGAAAUAUUUCUCGAUAUUGCUUGUUUUUCAACCUUUCGGAAUGAGAAAUAUGUUAAAAACAUUUUAAAUUGUUGUGGAUUUCAUGCUGAUAUUGGAUUAAGUGUUCUCAUUGCUAAAUCACUUAUAAGCAUUAGUAAUUCAAGAAUUAUAAUGCAUUCUUUGUUGCAAGAGCUAGGCCGAAAAAUUGUGCAAAAUAGUUCAUGCAAAGAGCCAAGAAAAUGGAGUAGGUUGUGGUCCGCAAAACAAUUCUACAAUGUUAAGAUGGAGAAUAUGGAAAAGCAAGUUAAAGCCAUAGUUUUGGAUGAUGAAGAGGUGGACGUUGAACAAUUGUCAAAAAUGAGUAAUCUUAGAUUGCUCAUCAUCAGGUACGGAAUGUAUAUCUCAGGAAGCCCAAGUUGUCUUUCAAACAAAUUGAGAUAUGUUGAGUGGGAUGAAUAUCCUUCAAAGUAUUUGCCAUCAAGUUUUCACCCCAAUGAACUUGUAGAAUUGAUCUUGGUGAAAAGCAACAUUACACAACUAUGGAAAAACAAGAAGUAUCUGCCCAAUUUGAGAACAUUGGAUCUAAGUCACUCCAUCGAGCUAGAAAAGAUAAUAGAUUUUGGAGAGUUCCCAAAUCUUGAGUGGUUAAAUUUGGAAGGAUGUACAAAUCUUGUUGAGUUGGAUCCAUCUAUUGGACUUCUAAGAAAUCUUGUUUACUUGAAUUUAGAAAAUUGCUAUAACCUUGUAAGCAUACCGAACACCAUAUUCGGUCUUGCUCUCUUAAAUAUCUAA